GUCAUCUUACCAGGAAGAGAAACAGCAUCGCUGAGCGUAUAAACGCGUCAAAAACUUACAACCUACUGUUGCAUCGUAUUUAUGCGGUGUAACUUUGGUUUUACUUCACGAAAAGUCUUCUGUGAUCCAACGAUUUGUUUCAAGAGCCCACCAUGCCUGAUGAGAUGCAACGGGCUUUAAUCCAGAGAGGGGGUGAGACAGGUGGUUGCAGGCCUCUUGCGGCUUGUAUGUCUGAGCUUGACACUCAAGUUGUCGGCAUCCUGGGCACCGGUGACUUCUCCCGCUCGCUUGCCAGAAGACUGGUGGCCUCUGGCUACCAGGUGGUGGUGGGGAGUAGAACGCCCAAACGCUCUGUUGCUCUUUUUCCUGAAGAGGCAGAGGUGACCUCCCAGCUGGAAGCGGCCAGCCAGGCCGACAUAGUCUUUGUCGCGAUCUUCCCUGAGCAUCACUCCACCCUGUUGGAGCUGAAGCCGGCGCUGGCGGGAAAAAUACUGGUGGAUGUUAGCAACGGCUUGCAGAUCAAGCAAGGUGGGCCGUCCUAUGCCGAACAACUGGCUGGCAUGUUUCCAGAAAGCUUUAUAGUUAAAGGUUUUAACACGAUAUCAGCAUGGGUGCUUCAGACUGGACCACGAGAUGGAAGCAGACAGGUUUUCUUGUGCAGUGACAGCAGUAAGGCCAAGAGCUCAGUCCUGGGAAUGUGUCACAGGAUGGGCUUUCAUCCUGUGGAUAUGGGUCUGCUCUCCUCUUCUGUGGAGAUUGAAAACCUCCCCUUUUAUCUGUUUCCUUCCUGGGGCACGGCCAUCCUCAUCAGCACGAUUCUCUUUAUCUUCUUCUACCUUUACAACUUUGUCCGUGACGUCUUGCAUCCCUUCGUCAUGGCAAAGAAGAGUGUCUUCUACAAAAUGCCCAUUGAAACCGUCAACGUCACUUUACCAUCCGUCGCCUUGGUGAUGCUUGCACUCGUCUACAUGCCGGGCUUACUUGCUGCAUUGCUCCAGCUAAGGCGGGGCACCAAAUACGAUCGCUUUCCCGAUUGGCUCGCCAAGUGGCUCGUCAAGAGGAAGCAGUUUGGAUUGUGCAGCUUCCUGUGUGCAGCCAUGCACGCCAUCUACAGCCUGUGUCUGCCCAUGCGGAAAUCGGCUCGCUUCAAGUUGCUCAACGCUGCUUUCAAGCAGGUGAAAGAAAACGUGGAGGACUCGUGGAGUGACGAGGGGGUGUGGAGAAUGGAGCUGUACGUCUCAGUGGGCAUCAUAGCGCUCGGGCUGCUCUCCCUGCUGGCUAUCACCUCGCUACCGUCUGUGGCCGACAACAUCAACUGGCGAGAGUUCAACUUUGUACAGUCCACUUUAGGUUACUGCGCCCUGUCCAUGGCCACCGUCCAUACACUCCUCUUCGGCUGGGACCGCGCCUUUGACCCGGGCCAAUACCACUUCCUCCUGCCACCCACUUUCUUAUUGGUCCUCAUCCUCCCCGUCACAGUUCUGAUGGUUCGCCUCAUUCUCCUGCUGCCCUGUAUUGCGCAUCAACUCCGGAAGAUCCGCCGCGGAUGGGAGAAAAGUCGGCACAUCCGCUUCGUCCUGCCAAGCGAUAACUGCUAUAACAGCAUUGAUAACAUCAGCAAUGUUUGAAGAAUAGUAAAACAGACAACCUUCAAUUAAUUUGUUGCACUUAUAUGGAAUGUAUAUAUAUAUUAUUAGAAUAAUAUGAGAAUAGAAAUAAUUUAAUAACGAUGCCUAGUAAUAGUGGCUCCUCAACCUUAAUAAUCACUAUGCAUUUUUCUGCAGGAUUUUGACUUUUAUUUAUUUUUUCCUGUUGUAUCACUGAUGAUUUGGUUGCCUGCUUCAGAUUACUCUGUGCCAAAAAUCUGUCUCAAACUGCUGGUAUUGUUGAUUUUUGUCAAAUAUAUUUUGUCAUCAUUGUGCCUGAAAUCCGUUUGCUGUAACAUAAUUUUGGAUUAAAGUCAUUUUCUUUCUACUUAAAA